AUGGACUCCAAUACCUUCCCAAUGUCUGAGUCUCGAAGGUGUCAGGCCACCAUUUGUAAACAGGGUGAAUGGUUUGCAAAACACCCCGACUCCAUCCCUCUGGUUGCUGGCCGCUCUGAGUUACCAUUCACUCCCAUUCUCACGUUACGGUAUUCAGUCUGCUGCAGUAUUCCACUGAAGAUUGAACAACACUUUAUCUUCCAAUCUGCCUUGGCCUGUCACUGCCAGCACCGAGAGAAACCGAAUUCAUCCCGGGAAGCCGCGGCAGUUAGUGACCGGGAUAACCAAGGAGGAGUUCAUCAGAGAGUUAGUGACCGGAUUGGGAUUUGGAAAAUAAACAUUAACGUCUCCGAGAAUAAGAAGUGCAGAUGCAGGAGUCAGUGUGGAGCUGGAGAAACACAGCAGCGUCAGGCAACAUCAGACGGGAGGUUUCAUCAGAAAAAGAUCGCAACCCGAAACGUCGGCUUUCCUGCCCGGGCUGCUGCGUCCCUCCAGCUCCACACUCGGUUUGUCUCCAACUCCCCGGGAAGUCGCCGCCGAUUCCCGGGAGAAGGAAGAAUAACGCGAGUGGGAGACGAUCCCCCCCCUCAGCCCAGGUGUCCCGCAGCCACUCACCCUCCGCCUCCGCCUCAGCCGCAAAGUGCAGCCCGCAUCCCCCCGCGGGCCAGAGGCCGUCGCGGCGGUGGGGGCUGGGGAGCCAGGCUGGCUGCUGGCGGAUUGAGCCGGAUCGCCAAACCCUGCAAUAUAAGCCUGCUGAUUCCUUUUUACACUAGUCCCACACAGGGCAUGGUCACCUGGUCAGAAACCAAUCAGAAGAGUGUCAUCAAGCAGUUUUCCUUUUGUUCAGGACCGAUUGGAUCAGAGGUUUCUAUUUCUACUCUCACCGUUACAGAAAAAGAAAAGUUACAUUAUAUACUAAAGGCCCAUCACUCCCUGGUGAUGAUCUCCUAGAAACUCUUCAGUCAGGCAGAAGAUACAGAAUCCUGAACACAUGCAUGAGCAGGUUCAGGAACAGCUUCUUUCCAGCUGUUAUCAGACUGUUGAAAGGACUCUAGUCUCUAAUGGUGACCUGCGAUGUAACCUGUGUGCCUCAAAGUCUUUUUGAUAUUUGCAACUUUUGCUUGUUGUGAUCUGUCUAUACAGCUUGUAAACAAAGCUUUUCACUGUAUUUAGGUUCACCUGACAAUAAAAAUUAAUCAA